GCAUGCGCAUGCGUUGUACGAUUUAAAUGUUGCUUAGCUGUUUACGUGAAAGAUACGUUUUGAAAUUAAUUCAUAACGUUUGAUUGUUUGAAAAAACGACACACGCUUGUUCAUAGAACAACGUGAGAGGUAUCGUUAACUGUUGCCACUAAUUUGAGUAUGUUUGUGUAGAAAGUGUAUCAUUUUGCGAGAGUACGAAUUGACGGUCUGUAACAUAACCUCAACUGAUUACAAUAUUAUUAAAAGUAAUUAUUGGACGAGAAGGAAACAAAGUUUUGGAAAAAUGGUGAAGAUAUCGUUGCAAAUAAAAGUAACGCUAGAGAAUAUACAAGAACUUAGACCAGCGGGACCAGAGUUCAGAUGGUAUCUGAAGGUCUGUUGUAGCAAUUGUCGUGAGGAAUCAGAAAAAUGGGUUUACAUGUCUUUGAGCGAAACCGUUCCAUCUCAAAAAGGACACGCGAUAAAUCAUUUUGUGACCAAGUGUAAACUCUGUAAUCGUGAGAACACUUUGACGAUUUUGGAGGAUUCUGUAAAACCGUUUGUCGUAAACGAUACCGAUGUACAUCUAGAAAAAUUUCAAACGAUCGUUGUAUUCGAUUGCCGUGGCCUCGAACCCUCCGAUUUUUCGCCAAGAGCAGGAUGGGUUGCUAAAGCGGUAGACAAUGGAAAAGAAUUUACGGACGUCGAUUUAUCCGAAGGAGAAUGGGUUGAUUACUGUGAUAUAAUUAAACAGCCUGUUGGCAUUUACGAUAUCGAGUACAGAUUCGAAAGAAUGAAAGCGUUAAAUCAUUGAAACCGAUGUUUUAUGAUUAAGAGACUGGAUGCAAUGUAUCUAUUUAGUAUGUAAGAAUUAGGAAGUUUGCAUUUCUAUUUGCUCAUCUAAUGUUUCAUGUUUCAUGUUUUGUAUAGCUUCAGUUCAUAUUCUGUAUACUAAAGCGUGUUUCUAGAUACCUGUAUCUAUCUAAUCGCAAUUACUUUUGUUUCUUUAUAAGAAUUGUAUGAAUGUAAAAGCAUUGAAAAUACAAUUACUUUGCAUAUGUA